GCACGCCUCCAUCCUCUUCCGCCAACCCACCCGCACAUCCACGAGAUACCUCAGUUGCUACUCAGCCAUUGAGAAUCUUAGACAACCGCCAAAAUGGUCAAGACUUCCGUCCUCAACGAUUGCCUCAAUGCUAUCAACAACGCCGAGAAGGCUGGCAAGCGCCAGGUCCUGAUCCGCCCGUCCUCCAAGGUCAUUGUCAAGUUCUUGACUGUCAUGCAGCGUCACGGCUACAUUGGCGAGUUCGAGGAGGUCGACGACCACCGCAACGGCAAGAUCAUCAUCCAGCUCAACGGCCGCAUCAACAAGACCGGUGUCAUCUCGCCCCGCUACAACGUCCAGCUCCGCGACAUGGAGAAGUGGGUCGUCAAGCUGCUGCCCUCGCGUCAAUUCGGUUACAUUGUCCUCACCACCUCGGCCGGCAUCAUGGACCACGAGGAGGCCCGCAGGAAGCACGUUGCUGGAAAGAUUCUCGGUUUCUUCUACUAGGUUGCGCGGAAUAUGAUGAGGUGGGAUGCAUAUACCCCGGCUUAGGCAGGCUACGUUCCUGCCUAUGAUGGCCGUCAUAGCGACGAUAGACGAAGAAAUGACAAAAAGCUCAUGACAUUUCAC